CUCCUCCCACUCUCUCUCUUUACUGCCGCGGAUGAUGGCCUGUCCCAAACACAAGACAAAAACAAAUUUCGUGUGCUCUGUUAGCGACGCCUGAUCCGUUCAUCCCUCCGCUGGCUGUUCAACCGCAGACAAAGAUGGUUUCUCCGGUCACUGUGGUCAAGAGCGAGGGUCCAAAGCUUGUUCCGUUCUUCAAAGCCACUUGUGUCUAUUUUGUUCUGUGGCUACCCACCUCGAGCCCUUCCUGGUUCAGUGCCCUCAUCAAAUGUCUGCCCAUCUUCUGUCUCUGGGUUUUUCUGCUCGCCCAUGGCAUCAACUUUUUAGGGGCCCACUCCAGUGCCAGGAAAAUCCUGGCAGGACUUAUUUUUUCAGCUUUGGGUGACGCAUUUCUCAUCUGGCAAGAACAAGGCUACUUUAGUCAUGGACUGUUUAUGUUCGCCAUCACCCACAUUCUCUACUCUUCGGCCUUUGGGAUGAAGCCCCUCAACCUGAGAGCAGGCCUGAUCAUUGCUGUCAUCUCAGGCUUCAGCUACACCCUACUGUACCCCUACCUCUCUGGUCCCUUCACCUACCUGGUGGCUGUUUACAUUGCUCUCAUUGGCUUCAUGGGCUGGAGGGCCAUUGCUGGAGUCCAGCUCGCCAAUGACCUCUGGACCUGGACGAAACUAUCUGCCUGCCUCGGAGCCGUCCUCUUCAUGGUGUCUGACCUCACCAUUGCUGUCAACAAGUUCUGCUUCCCAGUGCCCCACUCUCGAGCCAUCAUAAUGGCCACCUACUAUGCUGCCCAGAUGUUGAUUGCAUUGUCGGCUGUGGAAUGUCAAGACGCCGAUGCAGCUCGGAAAAGAGCCUGAGGAGCCGCAUGUUAACCAACCUUCCCCUAAUGACUCAACAUUGUUAGCAGCUACACAGGUUCAAGUUCCACUUUCUGCAACCCCUGGUCCAUCCACAGUUCCCCUGUCUGAGCGUAGCCGGGAAAUGUUGGUUAUAGUUGAGGAAUUGACAGUUUAAGAUCACGUGAGACCAAAACAAUGGGAGAAUUCUUGCUGGAUUCAUGUACAAGGUUAGAUAGUCUUGAACUCUUAGUCAGGUUGACUCUUGACUUAGUCAGGUCUCUUCCCAUAAUAACUAUACUGCAUUUGUGUUUCCUCUAGUAGUACCAUCAUUUUGGUAUUGAGAAAGGAAAGACAGGUGAGUUUUGCCUUCUGGUUACUAGAUCCAAAUAUUCAGAUUUUCCCAACUCACCCUACUUACUUUCCCAUUAAGUGUUGUCUCCAUUUCGACAGAGACUAGCCCAGGGUCCUCUCAAUGGCUUUGAUAUCUUGUCCACUUUAGAGAGUCCCUGAUGGCUUAUAUUGUGAACCAAGAGUGAGUCUUGAGUGACAUAGUGUUUGUCUCUAUAAUGGACUAGCACACAAUACAAAGUGGUUCAGGCCCUUCUGAGGAGUCUGGUUUCCCCGUCUCACUGUAGAUUUCCAAAAUCUAAUCAGAGAGCAGCAUGAAAACCAUUUAAUACUAUAGCAGAUAUGUUAGUGUAGUGCUGCUGUAUAGCCUUGUCAUAGCAUUGUGAGGUAUACCUUAUCCUGUGUGACUGACACAUUGCACCGUCAUUUUGUUUCAUAACUCAAGUUAGUAUACAAACCUCCAUGCCUACAUACACAUGUGCUGGAGAAGUUGUCUUGUCAUGCCCAAUUGACUGCAACCAGUGCUAGCCUCCAGAGAGUAGAUGAAGCCCGUAUCCUAUACUUCGUUCUGAGACGUGACCAAUAACAAUUGGAAACUCAGCUCGAGACUCAUAAAAAUGGGUGUAGGUCUCUUUCUUUGAGGGGAUUAGGUGACCGAGUGUUAUCUUUGUUUUAGGAUUCUGCCAAGUCAUCAGCAUUGCUCAUUACCUCUACCACAAGGAAACAGCAAAUAAGUACAAGUUGAAAUAUUUAUUUUGUCUGUGUAAUAUAAGAAUAUGUAAAGAGAGCCUGAUGUCAGACGAUACACAAUCUUCCAACCACUUUCCUUUGUCUAUAGCCAGUAAGAAACAUUUUACUCAAGGGAAAGUUGGAAGCCCUGUGGUGGCAUCUGUGUCGUCAGCUUUAGCUUAGCCUGUAUUUAGCCUGAUUUUUUUUUUCUCUUCUCAUUCACGUCUAUUCCUUCACCUGAAAAUGUGUGAAUAUUUCACAGCAUGAUUGAGUGGAAAUUUCACAGCGUAUGGAUAUUUCACAGUACUGUGUUUUUUGUGUGUGGUACUGUGCUUUAUUAGCCGAGUCACAUUCUAGGGUGAAUCACAACAUAUUUUUGAAGCAAUAUUUCACUACAAAAUACAAAAAGUAAUUAUUUUGCAUAAAGAAAAUGGCUAUUUUAGUGUAAUUUUUGUUUUACUUAACAGACAUUCUACUUUUGUUGUGAUGAGAUUUUUAUCUCCGUAUGGUGCAACAAAUACUAAAUUGAUAAGUAAUAUACAAUUUAAAUAUAUAAUUGUUUUCACAUUAUGUUGAUGUUAAUUAAUCCAGAAUUAAUUAAUAAGGACUUAAUUAACAUUUUAAAUAUCAAAGCUAAUAAAAAAAACUGUGCUGAACUAGGCUUAGUUUUGUUUAUGCAAAAUAUCCAUCUUUAUUUUCUUUGAAUUUUGGGGUGAAAUAUGACCAGGACAUUUUCUUGACAUGCUUGACAUGAGAUUUAACACAAACACCACAUGUACUGUAUUUAUUAUCAGUUGAUUUGAACUGAUAGUUGUUGUUUUUUAGAUAUAAAUCUCAAUAAGGGAUCAUCAGCUGAACCAUCAGUCAUGGAAAAAAAACCCGGCUUGGGCUGAUAUGUGCUCAGCUGUUGUAUCCUCAGGUGUGAGUGGAAAUGAGCUUUAAAUGCAAACACAGCUGAUUACUCAACAGUGGUCCAUUUUGAAGUGAUACAGCCUGGUCGUGAUGCAAUAUCCAAUGGUGGAAUGGAUGUAGACUCCAUUUUUCAUGUUAUUAAUGUGAAUGAAAAUGUUGCUGUACUCUGGGGUACACUCUUGGGCAAGUUAAGUUUUUUCAUUCAAAGACUUGAACUUCAAAGACUUGUUCAUUCACAUCAAUAUAAAUAGGAUGUCUACCCAACCAUUGGCCAUUGCAUCCAGCAUACUGUUACGCACAUAAAUGCUAUUGUCGUUAUCAACACACACAUAGCUGAACCGCUGAGGUCGCGACAAACAGCGAGGCUAUUUUGACACAUUUGCGUAUUGCCAAGUUUCAUAGCUUCCCUAUUCAGUGUUCACAUUGUCAGCAAAAUAUUUCAGCUUAGUCGACAAACCGUAUGUGAUUUGCAAGGUCAUCAAACAAGGUCUCUUCAGAGCCAUUGUGUGUCAAGCUACAAAUCGGUGUUGUGUUGUGAAGGUCUGCGGCGGAAUGACAUUUUGAGUGAAGUUACAAUUGUUCGUUUAUUGGUUUUCAUGAAAAUAAGAGUGAGAAAUACCCAUAGUGUUCCUCUGAAUCACAUUUUUUUGGGUGAUUUUUAGCGAUUCAGUAAUUCUUUUUAAGUGAUGGCAGUUUAAGACAGUAUUCCUGCUUAGCAUUUCUUUUUCUUCCUAGUUUACAACCUGCUGUCACCUCCCAUAUGGUUAGAAUUUGACCUCGCCUGGUCGUUUCCUUCACUACUGAGUUAAUGCGAAUUCCAUGAAGGAGAACAGGUGCCUUCUGUUUCCAUCAAUGAAAUUCUGUCUGUCGAGAAGUGUGGAGACAGGCACAGGCACAGGGAAGAUUUCCUUUCCAUCUGGCUUUGCUUUAUCUCGCGACCUUAUUCAGAUUUCAAUAAACGGGAUAGUUUUACCCCAUCUGUCAGCGCAUGUUUGAUGCUUUUGUGUCGAGUUGAGGGGGAAUGAAACCCAAUGCUUGGAGUUUAGUGGGUUCAGUAUUAAUGAAAGUUUUUAGGUAUAGAAGUCCUGUUGUUAAAGAUAAUGAGGAAUAACCCAAUCGGUUUAGAGAUUUAAAUAUCUGCACUUUUCCAAUUUAUCUCUUUAUUAACUUCCUGAAAUUUCAGGUUUUUGGGCAUUAGGCCUGAAACAUAUUGUAUGCAAUUUCCAAAACCCAAUAUUGUGCAUAACUGCAUUCCCAAAUGUCAGUCUAAAAUUCAUAAAGUGAUGCAAGCAAUAAGCUGUUUUUCCUUUCACAUUAAAGGGAUACCCCACCCCAAAAUGAAAA